CCGUCUUCCCAUGCCGAAUUUGAACUGGUGCAUCGACGUUCGGGAUAUUCCCACAAUGCCACUUCAACGCCUCUGAGGUUCGUUUUAGGCUCCCUGUGCUUCACUUAGCUAGCGAUCCGCCACUACCCACCGAUCGUCGCGAACCACCUCUUGUUCCCGUGUCUCCCUAGAGCAAAGAGAGGCCCAACACAAAUGUAUCAACGAGAGGGCCACCCACUUCCCCGUUGCGAAGCAAAGUGACCACCACCGAGCAUUCCUCCCACGUUUGGUCGGCGUAGCCACGUCAGCGUUGUUUGCGGCCCCUAUCUUCACGCCUCACGGGAGGAGAACUCCCUGCGGAUAGCGACUUUGACUUCCCAGCACAAAACCCAACCGGCGAUACUCAGUCACUGCUCAGCACUACUACGAUCCUCGUGGUCGAGUCUUGAUCGAGUCAUAAGUCCAGUCUUAGUCGAUCUCGAUACCAGCACCCAGCGCUUUACCUAGCUAAGAGUCUCUACUAAUCAGCAGGACUCCAUGGCGUUUACUUCCCACUGUCGUCGGUCGGCGUUUAGUUGUCACUGUCGUCGGUCGUUUCCUCUACGAGCCAUCGUCGCACUCGUCCUCUUCGCCGCGGUCUCCAGCAUCGCCUGCGCCCGGCCGCACAGACGACUCCUCAAAUGGCGCAUGCGCACAGAUGACGACCUGCUGCUGCGCGGAGCGAUGCCGCAAGGAAUCGCGCAAGUCAUCGACUCGAGUGUUAGCGACCCUGGCCCCCCUCCUCCGUAUACCGUAAAACCCGCCACUUCCGCCGACUCCGCGUCCUCCGCUGCCCCCUCCGCCACUUCUUCCGCCUCCCCCGCUUCCGCUCCCGCCGCUUCCCCAGAGGCGGUGAGCCAGAUGAUCGUAUCAGCACUCCGCGGGUCACCUUCCGCCUCCGCGGCUUUCCCCCCGCGCGGCUCCCCUUCCUUCCACAACAUUGACCCGCAUUGGGAUGAUACCGAGGUUUCGAGCGUGUGCAGUCCCGAUACAAAGUACUGCGGCGUUAUGUAUAAGCCGAUUUCAGUGUACCUUUUGUGGUACGGCAAGUUUACAGAAUCUCAGAAGCAGAUCAUCCGCACGUUUAUCGAGUCACUCAAUAACAGCAACGACACCGACGCUACAGUUCCCAGCUGGUGGAACGUCAACCGCUUAUACUACGACGCUUUGGGCAACCACAUUUCCGCAUUUGUGACUCUAAAGGGGGAGCUCGAUGACGCGGAUUACUCCAAGGGCCGCACCUUGCUAAGCACCGACGUGGCGAACCUCAUUUCGUCCGCGGUUACCAGCAAGCGUUUCGCCAACGACCCCAAUGGCGUGUACUUCGUUCUGGGAGACACGUCGGUGGCUCAAGAGGACGAUACUACGCCCGAGCGGUCUGCGUUUUGCAACAACUACUGCGGCUGGCACUUCUACACGCGGGAUCAGCUGGAGCUCCCCAUCGCCUUCGUCGGCAAUGCCGUCACCAGGUGUCCCAAGCGAUGCAUCCCUCCCCAUCUCAACCGGCCCGGAGCCGUGUCCCCCAACGGCGACCUGGGCAUGGACGGCAUGGUCUCGGUGUUGGCACAUGAACUCGCAGAGGCCACCAGCAGCCCCUUCCUCGCCACGUGGUUCGACGCCCAGGGCGACGAGAACGCUGAUAUUUGCUCUAACGAGUACGGGGAUGUGAAGCGGGAUGCGGCUACUGGAGCGAUGUAUAAUAUGGUCGGGGUGAGAGGGUCGCGGUUUAUAGUGCAAGCGAAUCUGGACCCUGUAAGGGGGGCGUGCUCGAUCGAGGCGGACGGGCCUGGAGCGGAUGUUCUGACGAGUGAGGACUUGUGAAAGGAGGUUGUGUGAGUGUGGAGGAGUGUGGAGGACGAGAGGAUGCGACGAGCUUCACGCCAAGACGGCUCCAAUCAGAUACGGACCGUCGACGGAGACACACGGCACAGAUCACCUCGUCACCCUGCCACCCUCCCUCCCUUCCUGCAACCCCCCUGCACCCAUUGCACUGCAUUGCACCCCUCUCUUCUCCCUCCAUUGGCAAACAAGACUUCCCAAAUAACAGGCUCUCAACUCUAGCGUAAGCCACCUGUUCCAACUGCAAGCCCUCCCUCUCCUCCCUCACCUCUCUCGCCUCCCUCUAGGGCUUGCUCUUCAGACGCUGUGGCAAGGCAGCGCGUUUCCCUAAAAAGAUGACCAAAAAAGGUGACCAAAAAAGCAGCGGCUACAAUAUAAGGCGGUACAAGGUCUCUCGGGAGGCCGCGGGUGUACUAGUUGGCAUCAUUGCUAAUGGUGGCCUUGGAUAGGCUGAGGAGGGGAUGGGGGUGCCUAACCUGAGACCUUUUACCGCCUUAUAUGGGAUAUUCUUAAGGAAACGGAUAUUUGAAAUACCUUGUUGGUACAUCUUAUAGUUUAUUGCAAUGAAUAUCAUUGUUGAGA